AUGUGGAAGAGUGUCCUGCAGAAACUGAUUGGGAGAGGUGUGCCCGAGGCUGCGGCUUCUGGGUCCGCAACCCCCGAGUACCUCAACGUGGAGGACUUCAACGUCGUCGAGGAGGGGAAGGCGCAAAUCCUGUUCCCCAAGCGCGAGACCGUGUUCUACAAUCCGGUGCAGCAGUUCAACAGAGACCUCAGCGUCACAUGCAUCAAGGCCUGGGAUAACCUGUACGGGUUCCCGCAACACAGGCAGGGUCCCUCCAGGAAGAGACGCAAAACCGCCGAUGGGUCUACGCGGGCCACUGGGGAGAGAUACAUGCGGAUCCUCGAGGCUCUUUCCGCUACGGGGCUCAGGGCGAUCCGGUACGCAAACGAGCUCCCACAUAUACAGAAGGUGGUCGCUAACGACUUGCUCCCCGCCGCGGUAGAGUCCAUUGCACGUAACGCACGGUACAACGGCACACAGCAAUUGGUCCAAGCGAACGAGGAUGAUGCGAACGUGCUCAUGCACAGGGAGACCGCCCAGGGACGUAAGUUCCACGUCGUCGAUUUGGACCCCUACGGAACCGUCACCCCCUUCGUCGACGCAGCGGUGCAAUCCGUGGAGGAUGGAGGGCUCAUGCUCGUCACUUGCACGGAUCUGUCCGUGCUUGCGGGCAAUGGAUACCCUGAGAAGUGCUUUGCGCUGUACGGCGGUGUGAACAUGGUCUCACACGAGGCAACGCACGAGUCCGCGCUGAGACUCGUCGUACAGUUGCUCGCGGCGACUGCUGCCAAGUACAAGAAGAACGUCGAGCCACUGCUGUGUCUGAGCAUCGACUUCUACGUGCGCGUGUUCGUCAGAGUCACAACAAGCCCGCUAGCAGUCAAGAACCUCCAAUCGAACACCAUGGUCACUUACCAUUGCUCGCAGUGUGGAUCUGUCCACAACCAAUUUUUGGGGAGAAUCUCGGAGCGUGAGGGCAAGAAGGGCAAAACCAUAGUCAAGUACAGUGUUGCCCAGGGACCACCCGUGGACCGCAGGUGCCAGUUCUGCGGCGGAGCGUUCCACCUCGCGGGACCCAUGUACGGUGGCCCACUGCACAACCGCGAGUUCAUCGAGGAAGUACUGCGCAUCAACUCCGAAGAACAUACGGACAGCACGUACAAGACACGGAAGCGGAUCGAGGGGAUGGCCACGCUCGCACUAAACGAAUUGCCUCAGGCGCCAUUCUACUUCAGCCCGAACAUGGUCUCCUCCGUGCUCAAGUUGCAAGUACCGCCGUUGAAGACGGUCGCCGCGGGGCUAGGGUCCCUCGGGUACAAUUGCUCUCUGACGCAUGCACAGCCGUCCUCUUUGAAAACGGACGCACCUUGGGAGGCCAUCUGGUACACGCUGAGCAAGUGUGCCCCCGAGGGGAGAGACUUUACGAAACUGAACGAGAGAACGCCCGGGUACAAGAUCCUGUCGCGGAUCGACCAGUGGAUGGCCGCACGCCCAGAGGACUCAUUCGACCCAGAACAGCUCUCCUUCGAACCGAACGAACAGAGCGGCAAGAUCGAGAGUCUCCGCAAACUCAAGAUAGUCAGGUACCAGGAGAACCCGACUAAGAACUGGGGACCCAAGGCGCGCCCGCAAUCGUCAUAG